CACCCAGGUAUAACCAUGUAAUGAAAACAAAAUUAUGUUGGAACACACGAUACGGCACAACCUGCGUGACUGGUCUGCUAAAGAGUUGCUCUGCGCCCGCGCACCGGCCGGCGGCGGCCGCGCCCCCAUUCGUCGCGAUGGCGCUCCGCUCGCAACUCCUGCGCAACUGUCUCAAUGGCACCGUCCAGUCUCGUUCGUUCCACGAGCUGCACAAGGAACGCGCAGGAGUCGCCACACUGCGAGACGUGCUGGAGGAUCGGCUGCGGGAGAUAAAACGCGCCAAAACAUGGAAACAUGAGAGGAUCAUUACUUCUCCUCAAGAUACCAAGGUGACAGUGAAAGGUGCUGAAGGCGAGUUCCUGAAUUUCUGCGCAAACAACUAUUUGGGACUUUCUAAUCACCCGGAGGUGGUAGAAGCAGCCAGAGAAGGCUUGAAGAAGUACGGCGCCGGACUCAGCUCCGUCCGAUUUAUUUGCGGGACACAAACUAUACACAAGGAAUUAGAAGACCGUCUUGCCAAAUUCCACAAUCGCGAGGAUGCCAUCCUAUACGGGUCAUGUUUCGACGCGAACGCUGGUCUCUUCGAGUCCGUGCUUACUCCAGAAGACGCGGUCUUCUCUGACGCCCUCAACCACGCCUCCAUUAUUGAUGGCAUCAGACUCUGCAAGGCGCAGAAGUUCCGUUAUCCCCAUAGAGACUUGAAUGAAUUGGAGCACCUCCUAGCUCACAGUGAGGCGAGGAUCAAGUUGAUAGUGACAGACGGUGUGUUCUCGAUGGACGGUACUGUGGCUCCUCUGAAGGGUCUGCGUGACUUGGCAGACAAGUACCGCACCCUACUGGCCGUGGACGACAGCCAUGCCACUGGAUUCUUUGGGGAAACUGGACGGGGUACUGAAGAAUACCUCGGCAUCAUGGGUGCAGCAGACAUCAUCUGUUCGACCCUGGGCAAGGCAGUGAGUGGAGCCGCUGGUGGCUACACGACGGGGCCCAAGGAGCUCAUCACGUUACUGAGAAACGUGUCUAGGCCAUACCUGUUCUCCAAUGCACCGCCGCCGCCUGUCGUCUGUGCGUCCCUUAAGUCUCUAGAUCUAGUAGAACACAGCGGGGAGCUACGUCAGCGUCUCCGAGAGAACACGCGCGCCUUCCGCGAAGGUCUGAAGUCAGCCGGUCUGACGGUGGCGGGAGACGACCACCCCAUCUGUCCCGUCAUGGUGGGCGAGGCACCGCUCGCUGUCGAACUCGCUUCCAAUAUGCUUAAGCGCGGUAUCUACGUAGUAGCGUUCAGUUACCCGGUGGUGCCGAAGGGCGCAGCGCGCGUGCGCGUGCAGCUGAGCGCUGCGCACACGCAGGAGGACGUGGCGCGCGCCGUGCAAGCCUUUGCAGAUGUCGCUAGGGAGAUAGGCAUCGUUAAAGCGUAGUACUGUAUUGUGGUACAUCGAUCUCAAGGCUUGAAAUGUAGAAUUAUGAAUAUUCUGUAAUUUUUGUUAACAACAAGUUUUAAAUAAGUAAUUGAUGUUUUAACCAAUCUGCUGUAGACUCUAAGUACACUUUUUGAAAGAUUCAAAUUGGACGAAAUCUUUCUUUAGCAAAGAUAGUCUUGUUCAUUUCACAUCAUCAGCCUAUAAGUGGCCACUGCUGACUAAAGGCCUCUUCUCACACAGCGAAGGUUUGAGCAUUAAUCACCACGCUUGCUCAAGACGGGUUGGCUGUUUAUUUACCAGUAUGAUUAUUCAGAAACUGUUUUGCAUAUCUUUUUGUAAGAAAUAUAAUGAGAAUUCUAUGUCUAGUUAUUUGGCCAGUAGCCUUGAGAUCGAUCCUUCGCUUGCUUAUAUCUCCGCAUAGACGUCCCUAUGUAAUAUUUGUAAAUACCAAGUCGAUUGCUUUAUGUUUGUGUAUGUAUGGAACUAGGACUGAAUCAAUAAAUGUUUUACUGUUAUUGCA